AAUCAGGAAAAGUACUUGGCAUUCUUGAUCCUUGUUAAAAGGUUUUUCGAAAAAUUUGUGCAGUUACAGAAUAGUGUGUUUGGGUUUCGAGGCAUGCAAAGAUGUGCCAUCACUUCUUUACGAUUUUUUCGAUAUAGUAGGGUCUAUAGACCUUUGCGGCCCUUUCAUACGUCAGCGUUCAGAUUUCAAGAAAAACUACAGAGAAGAACUACAAAUCCAGUAGUGGAAAGUCUACGCUAUGAGCGUAAGUCACCAAUUGAGCACAUUCUGCUACGUCCGGAUACCUAUGUAGGGUCCACAAGUGUAGCGGAGCAUACGGAUGUUUGGGUAGUAUCUGAAGAUGAACGACGGAUGAUACAGAAGAAAUUAUUAUAUUCUCCAGCUUUGCUGAAAAUUUUUGAUGAAAUCUUGGUGAAUGCGGCUGAUAAUAAGCAGAGAGAUCCCGAGAUGACUGAGCUUCGUGUGGAUAUUGACAGAGACCUAGGGCGAAUCACCGUUUUCAAUGAUGGGCGUGGUCUCCCCAUAGAAAUACAUCCAAAGGAAAACAUGUAUGUACCCACACUUAUUUUUGGUAAUCUGUUCACAUCAUCCAACUACGAUGAUAGAGAGGUUAAGGUUGUAGGAGGUCGCAAUGGAUAUGGUGCAAAACUUUGCAAUAUAUUCUCGAAAGAAUUUGUAGUAGAGACAUCAUCCCGAGAUAGUGGAAGAACUUUC